AAGGUCUCUUGUGAUGUCUGGGCUAUCAAAGGUAACAAUAAUGUGAUAAUUGAAUCAUCUUGUAGGUUUGUGUAGUUUCCUUUUUACCAUAAUGGAAACACCUGCCAAAGCAGCACAUGUAACUUCCACUGUCUGUUAAAGGUUCUAUUAAGAAAUCAUUAGACUUUCAAAACUGGAAAAUUAAAUGAUAUAUUGAUUGGUUAUAUUUUUUACAACCAGCAAAUAAAGUAGUCACUUACCAGUACAUGCAGAGUUUCAAAAAGAAAAUAAGUUAAUAGUCUUAUAGGAGAAUAUGUUUGUUAUACGCAUUCUAUGCAUAGUUACAUUGUACUGUACAUGUAUGUAUGUAGAAGUCAGGAGGCUGAUGAAACUUUGAAAUGAUGCGUCUCAUACAUGUAUCUGACUUUGUGCUAUAAUUAGCCCCCCCUGCAAAUUUAGAAAGAAAUUGAUUUAUAACAUAUUGCUGCUGCAAGUUCUUGCCAAGGGGCUAUUACCAUAAUGGUAAAAAUCCUCAUGUAGGCACAGCUGUGCACCAUAACAUGAGGUGUGCAAUUUUUAUACAUGACUUAGUAUUAGCAAUUCUGUAUUCAUUGUGGGAAACUUGUUAAUUAUUUUUAAGACUUCAUGUUUUGUUUUGGUAGGAUUUUGACAUUCCUAGUGUAGCCUCAACCUCACAAGAAGGCCAAAUUAACAGGAGACUGAAAGUCACUUUGCUAAGCAGAGAGUGGAGAUCAUCAACUGAUGGAGACUUGUCAACCAUCAACAGAGAGCUCGCCAUACAGUUAGCUAAACACUCUAAUGUGGAAGUUAGUGUCUUUCUUCCAGAAUGCAAUGAAGAAGACAGGAAUGAUGCAGCACAUCAUCAUGUGCAGCUUGUUAAAGCCAAAAAAGUGAUUGGUUGGAAUCCAGUUGACUGGCUGAUUAAUGUCCCAGAUGGACAUGUCAUGGAUUAUGUAGUAGGACAUGGUGUAAGCCUUGGCAAACAAGUGCAGUUUAUUAGAAAACAUCACCACUGCAAAUGGAUCCAAGUUGUUCACAGUGCUCCAGAAGAACUUGGAAUGUACAAAAGCAUUUCACAAGGUGGACAACAGCAAGAAGCAGAAGUAGAAUUGUGUAAGAUGGCUGAUCAAAUCAUAGCAAUUGGACCCAAGCUGGCAGAUGCUUACAAGCAUUACCUUCGUUGUAGUAAAAAAGACCAAAAUGUCUUUGAUCUCACUCCAAGCAUUUUCUCUGAAUUUUUGAAUGUUGAGCAAGCCACUGAAGAAGGAAGCACUUUCAGUGUUCUUGUUGUUGGAAGUGGUGACACUUGUGAAGAUUUCAUAUUGAAAGGUUUUGACCUUGCAGCUCAAGCAGUUGCUGAGUUGAAAGAUAAGUCCUACAAACUCAAGUUUGUUGGAGCACCAAGAGGGAAAGAAGAUGAAAUAGCAGAUAAGUUGCUUCAACAUGGUAUUGAUCGUAAUCAGCUAAUUGUCCGCAGCUUCAGUGACAGUAGAGAAGUAUUAGCUAACUUAUUCUGUGAGUCAGAUCUUGCCAUAAUGCCAUCCAAGACUGAAGGAUUUGGAGUCAGUGCUCUUGAAGCCUUAUCUGCUGGUUUGCCUGUACUUGUCAGUGGUAAUUCUGGACUUGGAGAAGUUCUGAAGGAGGUGCCUCAAGGAUCUCAGUUUGUGGUUGACUCUGAAGAUCCAAAAGAGUGGGCAAAAAAAAUCAAGGUGGUACAACAGACAAAGAGGGAGGUGCGACUUUCAGAAUCAAGGCUUCUACGUGAAAAUUAUCAGGAAAAGUACAACUGGGAAAAGCCCAUUAGAUGUCUUGUGGAGAGGAUGUACAGUCUCACAUUUGGUAAGCAAGCCUGUGCAUUGGUUUUUUGGGAAAUAAUU